AUGUCAGUUGCCAUUAAUAAUUCUUAUUCGGAUUCCUCUUCCAUACAACAACAACCAUCAACCUCCUCUACCAUCCCUGCUGGUAUCAUGACCUCUCCCAUUAGUCUCCAAAGACGUCAAGUGCUCCACAAACUUCUCAAAGACCAACACUUAGAAACUCUCAGCGAAGAAUUAAAUCGCGACAAGAAUUCAAUCAUUGGCACUUUCAAUGUCGACUCGUGGUAUGCCCUCGAUAAUGAAAAUGGCAAAACCUUGUUGAUGACUGCAGUACAGGAAGGAAAUAUUCAAAUGAUUCGUUUGUUGCAUAAACAAUUUGGAGCAGAUUUGAAUUUUGUGGACAGGUUGCAACGAUCGAGUGUUUAUUAUUGUGUCGAAUUGAAACAUUAUCACAAGUCGGAGACGAUUUUGGAAUAUUUAAUUGCCAACCAAGCAAAAUGCAAUGUCGUCAACUCGGAAGGUCAUUCUCCCUUCUAUGUGGCCCUACAACAUAAUAACCUUCCUGCUGCUAAUUUACUUUUCACGGAAGGAAAUGCAAAUGUGAAUGAGGUCAUUGACAAGGAGGGAAACACUGCUCUCCACGAAGCUGUCAAGAAUGGAAAUACUGCCACUGUGAACUUUUUAGUGACACAAUGCAGUGCAGAUUUGAUUCAACCAAACAAUAAGGGAGAUGUUCCAUUCUUUAUUGCAUUGCAAUAUCCAAGAUUGAUUAAUCAAAUUCUAAAAUCUAUCAAUGGAUUGAACACAAAGGAUACUCGAAAGAUGGUUCUUGUUGGAACGAGUGGGUUCAAUCGAAGAGCUAGUUUUGAUGUUGUGGAAUACAUGAAUCAUGUGGUGAGAUAUCGCAAUGAAUUGAAACAAAACGCACUUCACAAAUGUGCUGCCAUGGGUUAUAUUCAUUCUUUGGGUGAAUUGUUGACACACCUGUCAGAACAUAAUAUCAACGAAAUGACAUCCGAAAGGGAUGUGAAUGGUAACACCCCUCUUCACUUGAGUGUGAUAAAUAACCAUCCUGCCGUUUGCUUCUCACUCAAUCAAUUGAAGCCCACAGAUGCAAUCAUUCAGAACAACGAUGGUGACACUCCGAUGCAUAUCGCUUUAAAGACUUCUGCCUACAAGUGUGCUCGUGUGCUUUAUAACAAUUCGAAAACGUUCUUGAAGGAAAACAAUGCAGGAGAGACCAUUCAACUCUUGUUGCAACAAUUCAAGCACGAACUGAAACAAGAGGAUGACAUUUCCAAAAUGCUUCUCCAAAUUGAUUUAACACAACCACACAAUUAUAGAUUUCACAAAUUGAUCACUGAUCACACCUUUCUAUCCAAGAUGAAAGAUUACCUCAGUGUGAAUAGCAAUCAAAAUAUGAUUAUCUUUUACGAGACAGUUCAAGAAUUCAAAAUGAUCAACUCCAAUUCAGAAAGGUUCCAGAUGGCCGAACAAAUUGUGGACCACUUUCUAAAUGAUGACUCAUCACACAAGUUGAAAUUUAUGAAAUUAGCUUAUGGACCUUUCCGAGUGAAAUUCAAAGAAUGCUCUCCCGAGCACUGUCCUAAAGAUAUUUUCCUUAAUUUGGAGACUCUUGCUUUGCAGAAUUUGAAAGAGGAGGUCUUUCCCAAAUUCAUUCGUUCAAAACUCUUCAUCAAAUACAUUGAAAGAAAGAAGCAAACAGAUCCAACCUUUUUGGUUCGUUUUGUCAAAUCAGAGUUGACCAACGGUGACAAAUUGAGUGAUGACACUUCCUCCACCGAUUAUGUCUCCAACUCUCGAAUGGCAAUGUCUAACACUGGGUCUUACUCAAAUGAUCACAAUGUGAGCUCAGAAAGCGAUGAAGUGAUCGAUGUUGAGGACUAUGACGUUAAGGAAAACACAAAAAUUUGUCCUAAAUGUGGAACUGAAUUGAUCGAUCUCGACAAUUAUGUUUUCACAGACAAGGAAUUCCAAAAAGCCAUUGAAAAUCUACACGACAUGAAUCAAUGGAGACUAUUACAUGAAGCUGGAUCAGGAAGAACCUAUGCAAGUCCUGAACUUCUCCACAACCACCUCAGUAAUUCUCGUCGUCACACUCAAGUGAAAUAUGUGGGUGAAAUGGAUUGUAGUAGCCACGCAAUGUUUAACAUGUGGGUUGAUCCUGAUUACAUUCAAAGCCGAGAAGCUCACUUGGAUUCAAGCAAACAGUUGGAUUUCAUUCGAAAUGGUAAAUACGCAGCAGUCAUUGAAUUAGAAAUUCUCAAAAUGAAAUUUCCACAUCAGAACAGAGAAUUCGUUCAUGCAUACUGUUGUCGAUUCGAUGAAGAAGAACAGAGAUAUUUAUGUAUCAGUCGUUCAGUGAAUCAUCCAAAAGCUCCUAUCAACAACAAGUAUGUGAGAGGUGAAGUGAAAACUGCAUUCCUUGUUGAACGAAUUUCUGAUGUCAAAUGUCGCUAUUAUUAUGCUGUGACUGCAGAUUUUGGAGGAUGGUUGGAUCCCGAUUAUUAUUACAAGAUGGUUCGAAAGGACACUCAAUACGUUCAUCAGAAUUUGGAAAAACUCGUUCACCAAAGAGAACAAUUUGGAAAGAAGAGACCAGAGAAGGGAGGAUUGAUUCAAUCUCUCGAUUAUUACUUGUCCAAGAAGGAUUAA